AAGUGACUGGCCAGUGACACGGUUUCUGUCCACAGGCUGGUUGACGCGGACUGGACUGUGUCUCUUUCCAAACAGUUGAAUCUUAUCAGCGCUCCUUCAUUUCACCUCAUUAGCAGAGGCUGCCACGAGCUAUUUAUAUGCAAAUUGGACUGAACGGACGGUAGUGUCAAGACGUACUCGGACGGAGUUUACUUGGGACUCGCUGCGGACCCUAUGUUUUUACUCUCUGCCUGGAUAAACGGAGCCAUCGACGUCGCCUCAAGUUUCUUGUUACCUUUAAAUACACCGCACAUACCCCACACCGCGUCUCGUGCUUGGAAUUGGGUUUAUCUCCAAAGGAUUUGUAAUCGGACCGAGAGUUCGUCUGGGGAAUUACGCGCGGAACAUUUUGGCACUGAGGAUGACAUGAGGGAGCCAACCUGGGAGUGUCCAGAGGUCCAAGCCCUCUCUUCUCUCCUCUUCUCCUCUCUUUCUGCCCACUACCCCUGUGUGUGUCGGUGAUGAGUUAGUGUGGGUGUGGGUGUCAGCCCCCCCACCCCCCCCCCCACCCCACCCCCCACCCCACCCUCUCCUUGUGCACCGUGUCUCGGAGACAGUGCUUCACUUACCCUGCUUACAUGAGCCAGCAGGAUGAGGCUGCAGUCCUCGCACUGUCCGAGCGCCUCCUCGUAGCCUCCCACAAGGGCCAGGCUGACAAUGUGGUCCAGCUCAUCAACAAGGGCGCCAAGGUCGCUGUCACCAAGUACGGCAGAAGUCCCCUGCACCUGGCUUCCUACAAGGGCCACAUCGAGGUUCUGCGCAUUCUGCUGAAGGCCGGCUGCGAUCUUGACAUCCAGGACGAUGGUGAGCAGACAGCCUUACAUCGGGCAGCCGUGGUGGGAAACAGUGACGUUAUCUCUGCCCUCAUCCAGGAAGGGUGUGCUCUGGACAGACAGGACAAGGACGGUAACACUGCUCUGCAUGAGGUCUCGUGGCACGGCUUCAGCCAGUCUGUCAAACUGCUGGUUAAGGCCGGAGCCAACGUUCACGCAAAAAACAAGGCAGGGAACACAGCCCUCCACCUUGCUUGUCAGAAUGGCCACGCUCAGAGCUCCAAGGUCCUGCUGCUGGGUGGGUCCAGGCCUGACAGCAAGAACCAUGUAGGUGACACGUGUCUGCAUGUAGCGGCCCGCUACAACCAUGUGUCCAUGCUCCGCACCCUCCUGGGAGCCUUCUGCUCCGUGGCAGAGAAGAACCAGGCUGGGGACACACCACUGCAUGUUGCAGCUGCACUGAAUCAUAAGAAAACAGUGCGGCUUCUGCUGGAGGCAGGAACAGACAGCAGCAUCCGCAACAACGCAGGCCAGACUGCACUGGAUCAGGCCAGAGAACACAACAACCCAGACGUAGCCCUUCUCCUGACCAAAGCGCCUCAGGUCCAGAGGUUUACCCGAGGUAGGAGUGUGAGGAAGAGGAGGGACAAGCUGAAGGCUGAUCGCCGAGCACAGUCUGUCCCCAGGGAUGACAUGCUGCCCAGGAAGGACAGUGCAUCUGCUGCUGACGACACCCCCAGCAGCGACCGUGUCGCCCGCAAACAUGAGGUGAUUGAGGCGAGCAAGAGCACAGACAGGGAGCUCAGAGAGAAGCCAUCGCUCUCAGAACCCCUCCGUCGUAGAGGGAACAAACAUGGAGAGAAGAGGCGGGGCAAACUGCGAGGCUCCUCCCCCCAGCCCCCACUCCCCCCACACAACUACAAGGCCUAUCAGCUGUACACUCUGUACCGAGGCAAGGAUGGCAAGGUCAUGCAGGCCCCUAUCAACGGCUGUCGCUGUGAGCCUCUGAUCAACAAGCUGGAGAACCAGCUGGAGGCCACCAAGGAGGAGAUGAAGACGGAGAUCCACACGGUGCAGGACCUGAUGAACAACAAGAUGGGACAGCUGGACCGCAAGAACAAACAUCAGAUCCGUGCUCUGGAUAAGAUGACAGUAGAGAGGGUGUCAGCGGAGAGGACAGAGUGCCAACACAGGAUCAACCAGAGAGCCAUGCAGGAGAGACAGGAGGGGGAAAAGAGACAGCAGGCAUCAGUGGUGAACGAGCUGAAGAACUGGUGCAUGGCCAAGCUCCAGAACAUCGAGGUGCGCUUCGCAGGAGACCCCUGCAACACCAAGCUGCGCCGGUCCUCGUCCAUGUCUGAGGGCCUGUGUGAGGUGGACCCAGGGGGACUCACCGUGCUGCCUGCUGGGGGGCCUGGGGACAGCGCCCAGUGUCUGGCCCCCCACAUCACUGAUGUCACCGAGGGAGACCGCAACACCGCCGCGACAGAGGACCCCUCAGCCAACCACUGCUUUGCUGUUCAGGUGGACAGCUCUCCAGACAGUGAUAAACAUCCCAAGCAAGCGGAGAUCUCCUCCCCACCUACUGCCAAGUUCCUGUCACAGUCUCCCCAAGUAGUGCGACCCAAGGAGCGCUUGCUAGGUGCUACUGAACACCGGAGGCCAUAUCAGGAACUGCAGGACGUGGCGCUGCUGGAGUUGGGACCGAGCAGCAGAAGCAACAACAACCGGGCCAGCAGUCUGUCCCCAGCGACAGAGCGCCACUGUAGCAGCAGACAGGACAAGGACCUCGACAGGGAAAGAGAUAGAGAACGGGAGCGGGGCAGGGACAAGGGCAAGCACCACAAGAGGCACUCCCAGGGCAGGACUAAGGCCAAGGUUGCCACGGUGGGGCAGGCCGAGGGGACUCAGACUCUGGAGGUGUUUGAGGAAAGAGCCGUGGAGAGAGGCGGAGGGGAGAGCUCCUUUGCCCAGGAAAGGGAGAACAUGCACGCCCUGGAGGUGACACAGUACUUCUUUGAGGCGGUGUCGACCCAGAUGGAACACUGGUAUGAGAGGAAGAUCCAGGAGGCCAGGUGGCAGGCGGACCAGAGGGCCCAGGCAGACAGGGCUGCCCUGCUGGAGAGGAUCACCUACCUGGAGGACGAGCUACGCAUGCUCAGGACUAACAGGCACGACGACAGCUAACACAGACAUACCACUGCAGAGUUUAAAUCAGUAGAGGCUGCUGAGGGGAGGAAGGACGGCUCAUAAUAAUGGCUGGAAUAGAGCGAAUGGAAUGGUAUACUUAUUCCACUCCAUUACCACAAGCCCAUCCUCCACAAUUAAGGUGUCACCAACCUCCUGUGGUUUAGAGUUACACAUUCAGAACGGCAAAAACCAUCUGAGGUCAUUACAGAUGGCAACCUGGAUCUAGUGGACCCACUAGUAGACUUGACCAUAAAUUGGCCAUACAUUUGUCAUUGACCAUGCACCUUCUCUACAGAAUGUCAUACAUAUAUCUAAUAAUGUCAUGCAACAGUAGAAAAUAAUCAAUUUGUAAUGGUAACUUAUUAAUGAGAAAUGUUAUGGCAUGCCAGACAAUUCAGUAUAAUGUUGUCUUGUUAAUCAUGUGUUUUGUUGUAUACACCUGGGCAGCUCCUGUGUGUUGUGCUUUGUAAAACCCCAAGUAAAUGUACUGCUAGUUACAAUGGAUCUGUCACAGUGCCAUUAUUGAACUGGAACACCCACACAUAUUGGCACAUUGAUAGCUUGACCUCAACAUGCCAAUACUCCAGUGCUUUUUAUCCUGUGACGCGAAAGCCUUUUAUGAGAAUUAUUCUGGGGGUUUGUGGAAAAUGUGGGUCAUUUUUAGUGACAUUGUAAAAAACAAAAUUCAAUGAGAGAGUAGAGGAAAACGAGAGCAGACAGCUUCAGGAAUAGUUUUGAGUUGGCCAGGAUGCUUAACAUAUCAGUAGAAUAAACUACUGCAAGCUUUCAUAUGUGACUUACAAGUGCAACAGAACUCAUGAGAAUACAGCCAAACUGAAAGUGUCUUAACUGAAGAGAAGUUGUGCUUUCAAAACUUUAGUACUCAUCCACUUCUGCUCCAGCCCACUAUUUCUUUGAUGGUAAAAACUCCAUAACACCCUAAUGUUUAUCCUCAGCAAUAAAAUGAGUUACUGUUAGGAAGACCACGUUGGCAUGAUGAAAAGUAAAAUAGACUACUGUAAAUGUGUUACCGUGCUCAUAGGUGACACUUGUUCUGUUCAUGUGAGGUCGUUGUACAUUGAUGUCUCUGCUGAUAUGAACAUACAUUCUGUCUAAUGAA